UUUUUUUCUACAAUAGGGAAUUUUUCUUGCAACUCUAAUUUCAAGCUCGAAUUGAAAAUCACAUUAUAUUAAGUAUUGUGCUGAAUAAUAUAAUUUUAUUGAUCACAAUAAAAUGCCUGCAAUUAAAACGAAAAAACGUAAAGUUUCUAAAAAAACAAAAAAAGCAUGGCGUAAAUAUACAGAUACAAAAGAUAUUGAAAAAUUUUUGGAAAAUUCACAAUUAGAAGAAAGGUUAGGUUCUUUCGCGAUUCACAAGGAUUCAGAAUUGUUCAGUAUUUCUAUAGCACCUGAAAUAUUUUCAAAGCAAAAACGUCGAGAAUUAUUAAAAUUGAAAGAACCACGAUGUUUUAACAUUUUAAAACCUCAUACAGCCGUUCCAGAUCCAAUAACAAAAAGAAAUCGUGUAAGAACUAAAGAUGAAAGAAAAAAUGCAUUAGUUUUAAAAAAAGAAGCUAUCAGAAAGUCUCAAAAUAUUUUGACAUUAAAAGAAAAGUUAAGAUUGAAAAACAAAAUGAUUGCAGCAAAGAAAAAAUUAAAUAAACCAAAAAGAGAUGAAUUUAAUAUAAAUAUAUGGAAAGAAAAAAAUACAAAAGACAUUAAUAUUGAUUGGAUGUCUUCGGACACAAUAAGACAUACAUUAACACAUUUUGGAAUAAAAAAAAAGAGAAUACCUUCUUCUUUGCACAAAAAACCUUCUAAUAUUCCAGCAGUUGAAGCUCCUCAUCCAGGUACAUCCUAUAAUCCUUCAUUUGAAGAUCAUCAAAAGUUAUUACUUGAAGUAGCUCAAAAAGAAAUGGAACUUAUAAAAGAAGAAGAACAUUUGAAUAGAGUUACCACAAAAAUGUUCAAAAAGGUUUCACUUAAAGAAAAAGAAGAUAACUUGAUAAAAGAAAUGUCAGAAGGUCUUAAAUUAGAAGAUAAUCAAGAUUUUAAUGAAGAUGAAAAUAAUGAUCCAAUAGUAAAAUCUAUAAAUCCACCUGUUAAAAAUAAAAAAAAAACUCGUGUGCAAAGACGUAAACAAAAAGAACAGAAAAAUUUGGUACAUAAAAAGCAACAAGAAAAAGUAGAGAAAAAAAAGAUUUCAGAUAUAUAUAAAUUAAGAGUAUUAGAUAGACAGUUAGCUGCUAAAGAAAAGAAAGAAAAAGUAUUACACGAAAAGAGAUUAAAGAAGAAAAUACUUAAAACAGUGGGCACUAAAACUCUUAGUAAAGUUAAAUUUGAACCUUUGGAACUUGAUUUUAAAUUAGGUUCAGAAUUAACUGGAAAUUUGCGGAAUUCUGAACCAACUGGUAAUCUAUUGAAAGAUAGAUUCAAAUCUCUUCAACAGAGAAAUAUUAUUGCUCCUACUAAUAUCAAAUUAAAACGAGACAAAGCUAAAAUAAAACGUUUUAUAAAAUCAGAUCAUAAAAUCGAUGUGACGAAAGUAAAAAAGUAAAAUAAUUUAUAAUAUUUUUAAUAAAUAUAGGUUAAAUAAAAAAAAUAAUAAACUUAUUUAAUGAGAGUUAUCUCUUGAGACCAUAAAUUUUGUAAUUCAAGUAGAUAAAAUUCAAGUAAACGGAAAAAUACAGGUAUAACUCAAAUAUUGAACAAUCAGCAAAAUGUCUCGAAUUUAUGAAACGUUCUGGAUUAUUUUAAAUCUAUGAACGAAUAUAUAUAAUAUAUAGUAUAUAGUAUAGAAUACAAAUAUAUAGUAAUACUUACUUUAGCGUUCGCAAUUAGGAUCGAAAAUAGAAUUCUUAUUUGAUUAAAUGAUUUCUACGAAUUCAAUUGAAUGAAAAAAAAGAAUAAAAUGUGAGAUAUGAAUGUGAAGUAUAAUCGACACAUGCAAAAUGGACGAUCAUCGAGUUUCAUUUUUCGACAUUAAUAGUUUAUAAUAAUUGAGCAAAAAAAAAAAAAAAAGUAUAAGUAAUAUAUCAUAUAUUCAACAAAAUACAUAAAUUCAAGUGUUAAAUAUUUAAUUUGAAUGUUGAAAACAAUUAUAAAGUUUUCAAAAAUUGAUAAAUAUAAUGACGAAUAUUUAAGUACUUAAAAUUUAAAUAGACAAAAAGCCGGAUACAAAACUAAGCAUCACUAUAAUAUUAAAUAAUAUCGCUUAUGUUAAAAUAUAUUAAAAUAUAUAAAAUCUGUAAUGGAAUAUAUUAGAAUGUUCUAUAACUUUCUUUCGCAUAACGUUAACCAUGACUUUAAAUGACUAUAUUUACAUAAACAUGCAGGCUUAUUUAUUUGCCGUCUAUGGCAUCUUUUUUAGUCGUCUCAGAGCUCUUUUAAAAUAUGUUAGUAACAAUCUCUUUUAAAACUUUUUUUUAUACCGUUCAGUAUGGAUAGCCAAAGGAAGCAUUUGCAGCAUUUCAUUGCUUUAAGAAAGGUAAUAGUGCAAAUGAUACUACAGACGAGAUUUGUACCGUUUACGGGAGUGCUACGACUA